GUAUUCACAACAUUUCGGAUUUUCGUCACUUCUGACAGUUCAAGUUACUAUCUUUGGAAACAUUGAGUUGACAUCAUCUUCCCUCUCCUCCUCCUUCACCUCUCUCCUCUCCCCCCUUCGUCCGUGUAUGAUUCCAGUCCCUGGCCCUUCGUCUCUCCCCAAGGCCAGGGCAUUCACACCCGAUGAAUGUAUGAGAGUUGUUCGAUUGCAGUCCGAGUCAGGUCUGAGUCAAUCCAAAGGUAUCAUGCCCUUCCGCUGUAUUUGUAUCAACUCUGUAUUAUCUGGUCGGUUCGGGGAAUCUGCGCCAUACUUAUGACUGUGUUUCACAAUGCAGCAGUCGACUGCAGCCCAGCUUUGACCGCACAGGCAAAGCAAUUGGAAGAGCGGGUCAAUCAUUUAGUCGCAUCCCUGGGCGACAUCAGCAAGUUUGCAGGAGCCUCUACAGUCAGCAAUCAGCUGCAGACGCUCAGCGACCGCGUUGACCAACGUCCGGUCGCCAUCACCAAGGAAUGGAAGAUGCCGAACUUCAAAAUUGAGAAGUUUGACGACUAUCACAAGACCGAUCCGCUGCAAUGGUGGAUGGCAUUCAACGCAGAGGCCGACGUGCAUCAUACUCCGCCCCUACGGCGGCUGGAUGCAUUGUACCUCCAACUUAUAGGCGGAGCGCAAGCAUUCAUGACACACAUGGCCGCGACGCUUGAGUGUACCAUCGCCACCCUCCACACGAAGAUCACGUGGGAGGAGUUCGAGAAGAAAUGGAAGACCCGGUUCAUGGUGAACAAUGACAAGCGUCACGCCUUGAACAAGAUCUUCCACAUCUUCCAAGGCCAGCAACCUUCGCGGGAAUGGCUGACGGAGUGGCAAAGACUCGUCGCCACCCCGGAGUUGAACCUACCAUUCGACUCGAUCCGAGGCGAAUUCUUCGCCCGAUCCUGCGACGCCUUGACUGCUGCUCUCGGCAGCGAAUACGAGUACAAGAACUUUGACGACAUGAUCGCCAAAGCCAGAGAGCUUAUACAAGCACAUCACCAGUGCAUGCCUCGACAAGGACAAAGAAAAUGUCAAGCGUCCUGGCUCAGGAAACUGAGCACCGCGGGAAGUGCAGCGACAACACUUCCCAGUCUGCCGGAGUUGGCUGCCUUGCUAGCAGCCUCUCUCACAUCCGGGGAAACCGCGGCAGUCGCAAGUUCUCGCAUUGAGUACGAGAACUAUGCUGUCGAGCUGGUCCCACCAUUGAACCAGCCUCUCCACGUGCAAGAUUCAAGCGUAUGCGCGGCAGUUCCGCCGUCGGACAAUGAGCCGGUGGCUUCGCCAGCCAUCUUAUCGAAGGAUCCGUCAACUUGGGCGAGACUUGAGGAUCUCGACCCGUUGACGGUUGAGGACGUCCAAUGGUUGCCUCUACCCUCCACCGGUUCUUUGCCAACUCCGCAUUGCAAUGCCUUAAUGGCACAUCUACGCGAAUACUUGCACGCUGCAGUACCACCUCCGUCGACGGACGGCGGAGAAGCGGUUGUUGACCUUUGCAAUUUUCUUGCGAAGAUCGACCGCGAGUACACAACGCAACGGUACGUCGACACCGACGCACCGCUCCUCUACAUCCGCAUUCAGAUCGGAAAGGCGACCUGCAGUGCCUUGAUCGAUUGUGGAGCGACUCGCAACUACAUCAGCCAAGACUUCAUGGCACGCGCCGGGCUAGGCCCGCGCGUUCGAAGGAAAAGUCAGCCUGCGCACGUCGCGUUGGCCGAUGGUCACACGCAAAAGUCAAUCGACCGAUACGUUGACUCGGUGCCCGUGUACUUCGCCCCGCUAGCAAGCGAGGUCGUGUCCUUCGACAUAUUGGACACCAAGUUCGAUAUGAUCCUAGGCAUGUCGUGGCUGCAAAGCGAAGACCAUCCGGUGAACUUCCAUCGCCGCACCGUUCACGUUCGUGAUCGGCAUGGCGAACUAGUCCCGUAUUUGAGAUUCAGCCAAGAGAUCGGUACAAGACCGCAUUCAAGACGCGGUAUGGGCAAGUGGAUCGUCAUGCCUUUCGGUCUCACCAAUGCCCCGGCUACUUUCCAAGCGGCUAUGACAACGGAAUUCCGCGACUUGCUCGACCGCUCCGUACUCAUUUACCUCGAUGACAUCUUGGUUCAUAGUCGGUCGCUGGACGAGCAUCUCGAGCACCUUCGCGCCGUAUUGGAGCGGCUUCGUAUCGCCAAGUACAAGGCAAACCGCGACAAGUGCGAGUUUGCCCAACAAGAGCUGGAGUACUUGGGCCAUUACGUCACGCCGCAAGGCAUUCGUCCGCUCGCGGACAAGUUACAAGCUAUUCAAGAUUGGCCGGACCUCAAGUGUUCUACCGACGUCCGCUCCUUUCUCGGCUUGGCAUCGUACUACAUGCGCUUCGUCGAAGGAUUUCAACGCAUCGCUGCACCAUUGUCACGACUUCAGUCCCCCUUGGUGCCUUUCGAGUUCAGCGACGAGGCCCGGGAUGCGUUUCACACGCUGAAGACGGCUUUGCUUCAAGCUCCCGUCCUAAGCAUCUAUGACCCGACGUUGCCUACCAAAGUGACUACGGACGCUUCCGGUUACGGCAUUGGCGCGGUUUUGGAACAGCAUGACGGCACAGACUGGCAUCCGGUUGAGUAUUUCAGCCAAAAGGUGUCGCCCAUCAACACUCUUAAUGAUGCGAGGAAGAAGGAACUCCUAGCUUUUGUCUCUGUACUUAAGCGUUGGCGUCACUUUCUCCUCGGGCGUCAGCGAUUCACGUGGGCAACGGGCAACAAUCCGUUGACAUAUUACAAGACACAAGACACGGUGAGCAGCACGAUCGGUCGGUGGAUGUAUUUCAUUGACCAGUUCGACUUCACCUCCAAGCACAUUCCGGGCUCCUCGAACAAGGCGGCGGAUGCUCUCUCGCGAAGACCCGAUCUUUGCGCCAUGGUACACUCCACGUUCGGCCUCGACGAGGACCUCCAACAACAUUUCAUAAACGGCUACAAGUCGGAUCCGGGAUUCUCCACACUCUACGCGGACUUAUCAUCGGACCAACCGCCGGCAAGCAACUAUCGCAUCACCGACGGCUACUUGCUCCUCCAUACGCGAGGCAAGGACUUGUUCCACGGCGUUCCGGAAGACAUAGUCAGCGACCGCGACACUCGUUUCAUCUCGGCCUUUUGGACGGCACUCAUGGUGGAAUCCGGCACCAGCAUGAAAUCGAGCUCCGCACGGCAUCCUCAAACGGAUAGGCAGACGGAACGUGCGCAUCAGACUGCGCAGAUGAUGCUCCGCACACUCAUCCGCCCGGAUCAGAAGGACUGGGUUGACCGCCUUCCCGACAUCGAGUUCGCCUACAACACUUCGGUGCACCCGGCGAUUGGCAUGACUCCAUUCGAGUUGCACCACGGUGGACGGAAAGGACGUAUCUUCGCAGACAUUUUGCUUCCACGGGCUGCCGAUAUAGACGCCGCUUGCUCCCUCGCUUCUACACAAAAGUACAGGGAACUGCUGGCCAAAGCCCGCUCUAACAUGCAAAAGGCUCAGGUCCGUAUGCAGCAGCAAGCGAACUGGCGUCGCAUCCCAUGUCCAAUUCGCGUCGGCGACCUAGUUUGGGUCACCUCCGAGGAAUUCGCGCUCGAGCAGGACGUCUCGCGCAAGCUCCUCCCGAAGUGGUUUGGACCAUGGAUGGUCACUUCAGCAGCUGGCAAUGACCCUGCGGGUCCAUCAUUCAUCAUUGAGAUUCCCCCGCAUUUGACGGUACACCCGAUCUUUCACGCUUCGAAGCUGGCGGUUUACACUCCAGCCUCCGCAACGGACUUCCCGGACAGACGGUCACAAGACCCUCCUUCAAUCGAUGGCCAUCAGGAGGUCGACCGGGUUCUCACGCAUCGCAAGCAUGGCAACAAGCCAAUGCAGUAUAAAGUUACAUUCAAGCAAUGCGAUCCGAAUGACACACGCUGGAUCUCAAGAGCUGAUCUGAAGGCAUCAACACCCCUCAUCUUCGCGCAUUAUGAAAAACAGCGACUUGCUAAGGAAGCUGCCCAACCUGCCCGCCCUGUACGGACAUCGCACAGACAGCUUCGCCCUCGCAGUUAGCUCGGUCCUUCAAGGGGGGGAGUGUGUGGCAUACUGAGCCACUCGGCCCCAGUUAGGGCCCGGUUCCAAGACAGGCAGGGUUAGCCUAGGGGACACCGGUUCAGAUGAGGCUCAAAAGGGCCUGGACCACGGCGGUUCAGCAUUGCGAGUUAUACUGUGUAGUGAAUUGGUGUGUUUAGGGUCCUAUUGUUACUGAUAAUGCAAAAUUGAAUUCUGCACUGCCAUAGUUGAAGCUUGGCUAGACUAGGGUCAGUCAUAACUUCAAUUCUGUCCGUCAGAACUUAAUCCUGUCAGCCCCUCGUAAAUCGCAAUUCAGUAUACAGUCGGAGUCUGAAAUCGCACAAUCUCAUUUGAUGUUCUGAGUCAAUUACAGUGAUUACUGUAAUCCGUCAUACCCAAGGUAUGGCAUACAGGGUCAUACAAUGGUGAAGUUUGUGGGGUAGGUCAACAAAAUAGGAUCCCCUGU